CCAAAGGAGGGGAGAUGUUGGACAGGGCCCACGGGGAGGAUGAGCCCCUCUCGGCCGCUGCACAAGCUCCCAAAUACCUCACAGUCUACGUGGUUUUGGACAAGGCUUUGUACAACUAUAUGGGAUCAGACCCGAAUGCUGUGACACAGACAGUAAUCCAGGCCUUCAAUUUAAUCAACAAUAUGUUUGAUCCCCUUAAUGUCACCAUUGUACUGUCCUCCCUGGAGCUGUGGGCAGAGGGGGAUAAAAUAUCGACAGCAGGAGGUACAGACGAUCUUCUACAGAGAUUUUUACAGUGGAAACAGCUGUCCCUGGAGCCACAGGCACACAACAUUGCUUCUCUCUUAGGGUACAGGGACCGAGGAGGAUUCAUGGCUGCAGCGGCUCCAGGAGGGGCAUGUGAGAGAGAUGCUGCUGCCACAAUGGCCCUGUACCACGGGAACGUGACUUUGGAGUCCUUCUCCACCCUGCUGGCUCAGGGGCUGGGCUACAGCCUGGGCAUGGACCUGGACAGCUCCCGAGGCUGCGGCUGCCCCGGGCGUGUCUGCACCAUGAGGCCAGAGGCGCUACAUUUCAGUGGGGCAAAAGCCUUCAGCAACUGCAGCAUCAGGGCCUUUGAGAGCUUCCUGAAGCGGGGCAGAGGCUCCUGCCUUUUCGGCAGCCCCCGCCUGUCCCGCCGGAGCGGAGCCCUGUGCGGCAACGGCGUGGUGGAUCCGGGCGAGCAGUGCGACUGCGGCACGGCACAGGAAUGCCUGAAGAACAGGUGCUGCACUCAAACGUGUACACUGAAGCCAAGAGCAAGAUGUGCCUCCGGAUUAUGUUGUAGGGGUUGUCAGUUCAAGCGGAGGAACUCGCUGUGCCGCCCGGCCGCCGAUGCCCAGUGCGACCUGCCCGAGUUCUGCAGCGGCUCCUCCGCCUCCUGCCCCCCCGACGUGUUCAUCCAGGAUGGGCACGACUGCGGCCACGGCUCUGGCUACUGCUACCAGGGACGCUGCCGCUCCUCAGACCUGCAGUGCAAGCGGCUCUACGGGAAAGAUUCAAGGAAUGCUCCCAUCAUCUGUUACGAGGAGAUUAACGGGCAGCAAGACAGGUUUGGGCACUGCGGGUUCAAGAGCAAACACAAGUACCGGCCCUGUACUUGGAGGGAUCUCAGGUGUGGGAAGUUAAUCUGCACGUACCCGUCCCACAAGCCCUUCUCAUCAACUGCUGCUGCUGCUGCCGUCAUUUACGCCCAGGUGCGGCACCAUUUGUGUGUAUCUCUGAACUACCUGAACGUCCCAGCGUGGCUGGAUCCACUUCUGGUUCCUCCAGGAACAAAGUGUGGCUCUGGAAGGGUGUGUAUAAACAACACAUGCCACCCACUCUCAGAGCUGAGAAACAACUGUGACAGCAAAGCAAACUGCCACGGCCACGGCGUGUGCAACAACAAGGGCAAUUGCCACUGCCACCCGGGCUGGCAGCCCCCCGACUGCCAGAGGAGGGGCUCCCGUCGGGGGGGCAGCAAGGACAGCGGCCUGCAGCUGACGGAGAGAGGCCUGCAGCGAGCGCUGGAGGAUGGGGAGAUGGCCUGGCUGGUGCUGGGCUCCAGCCUCGUCCUGCUCGUGCUCACCGCGGCCCUGGGGCUCGGCCUGUGGCGGCAGCGGGGGCCGGGCCCGGGCCGUGGGGAGCAGCCGCCGGCCCUGGAGCGCACCAUCCGGGACAUGAACAGGGAGCUGGAGCCAGACCUGGAGCUGAAUCUGGAGCCGGACCCAGAGCUGGCCCUGGAGCUGCAGACAGACCUAGAGCGAGAGCCAGACCUAGAGAUGAAGACAGGCACGGACCCCGCAGCAGAGCCAGCGCUGGGGCAGCACCACGGGCACUAAUUAAAGGUGUUGGGCAAAGCUGGUGUCAUGGCCCUGUGGUUUUAUGCUUUUGUUGUUUGUGUUUUUUGUCAGAGUUAAUCCUGCUCUUGGGGCCUAGGGGCCACAGCUGCUGCGAUUGUCCCCU